AUGUCCGCCCCCAAAGGUCCCUAUCGUCUAGUCACCGUGAACACCGCGCCCGAAAGAGCCAAACGACUCAUCGGGCGAGUGGUGGAAGCUCUAAAAGACCAAUACACCAUCAUCCAUGUGGAUAACUGCGAAAAGAUCGAGGAAGUGGCUCCCAAAGUGAAAGAGCACAUGCCCGACGUUCUGUUCAGCGCCUCCAUGUGGUCCGACGAGCAGGCUCGCGAGAUCCACUCCAUCGCCCGGGAAAUCAGACCAGACAUCAAGCUCCAUGCCAUCCCCGAGGGGCUGCAGGUAGAACGAGGCCCCGACGCGGUGGUGGAGUAUCUCUGCGAGAAAGUGCCGAUCCUGUUAGGGUAGAAGACACGUUCAGUUGUAAAUAAGUACAAUUUUGAAGAUGUUCCGGAUGGAAGGAGAUGAUGAUGAUGAUGAAGAUGAAGUAGAAGAUCAAACCAAAGGGACCCGCUUAGUCACGCGUGGAA